GUGAAAAAACUGGAAUUAUGCAAUCCAGAUUGACGGCGAUAGCGCCGAAUUCGAAGUGGGCCUUCUCUCUGGCCCAAUUACACCGUCUCCGGCGAGGCCUGGCCAGGCCGGAGACUGGUCGGACGGCUGACCCCUCCGUUCAUGCCGUCGACGACAACGAUCCCGCCGUUCCUUCCGGUGAACCCGAAAAAUCACAGGAAGUUUCAGAACCGGAUAAUGCCAAAGCCAAUUACGACAGAGAGGAUUCCGGGAAAGGGGCAAAAAAUGGGCCGUUUGGGCCAACGAAGGCCCAAUACGGUUCCUCCCCGCGUUUAGAGAGCACGGGUGUGGGCCAGCCCUCGAAGCCCAUCACCCAGCAGAAGAGGCCCCACGGGACGGUGAUCGACGACGUGAGCUGCGUCGGGUUCGACGGCGGGCCGGCGCCGGAGGAGAAGGACGGCCGACGGACCGGCAGAGAAGAGGAGGAGGAAGACGAGAGAGAGUACUACAAGCACCACAAGGCAUCGCCGUUGGCGGAGAUCGAGUUCGCGGAUACGCGGAAGCCGAUAACACGAGCGACGGACGGGACGGCCUACGACGGCGGCGGGAAAGACGUGAUCGGAUGGCUGCCGGAGCAGGUGGACACGGCGGAGGAUUCACUCCGGCGAGGGACGGAGAUUUGGAAACGGAACGCCGUCCGCGGGGACCCCGAUGCUCCCCAAUCCAGGGUUCUUAGGGCUUUGCGUGGGGAACAGUUUUAAGUAAAGUGUUUUAAUUUGUA